AUGGAGAACCAAGCAGCCGAGCCGCAGAACUAUGAAGACGUGCAGAAAAGCGGCUAUCUCCGCAAGCAUAAAUCAAUGCACCGGCGGUUCUUCGUGCUGAGGGCGGCCUCGGAGCAUGGUCCUGCUCGACUGGAGUAUUAUGAAAACGAGAAGAAAUUCCGCAGUAAAUCACCUGUGCCCAAAAAAGUCCUGAGCCUGGAGACCUGCUUCAACAUCAACAAGCGGGCAGAUUCCAAAAACAAGCACAUGAUAGUCCUUUAUACCCGCAGCGAGAGCUUUGCCAUCGCUGCAGACAGCGAGGAGAUCCAAAAUGAGUGGUACCAAGCGAUGCUGGACCUUCAGUGCAACUGUAAGACUCCUGAAGACUAUGGGAGUAGUGGAGAGUGUAGCUCACCGUCUCCUGUUCCAACCUUCAAGGAAGUAUGGCAGGUCAAGGUUUGGCCUAAAGGUCUUGGACAUGCCAGGAACUUAGUGGGCAUAUACCGGCUGUGCCUAACUGACAAGACGGUCAAUUUUGUCAAACUCAACUCUGAUGUGGCAUCCGUGGUGUUGCAGCUGAUGAAUGUUCGCAGGUGUGGCCAUUCAGAGAACUUUUUCUUCAUUGAGGUGGGUCGUUCAGCGAUUACUGGUCCAGGAGAGUUCUGGAUGCAGGUCGAUGACUCGGUGGUGGCUCAGAACAUGCAUGAAACCCUUCUGGAGGCCAUGAAGGCCCUGAGUGAGGAGUUCCGGCAGCGCAGUAAAUCUCAAUCUGUGGGGACGUCUUGUGGAGGUGGUACUGCCUCUAAUCCCAUCAGUGUCCCGAGUCGUCGUCAUCAUCCAAACCUGCCACCGAGCCAGGUGGGCUUCUCUAGGCGCGCCCGCACAGAGACCCCUGGAGGAGGCAGCAGCACCAGCACUUCACCAACAUCACGCCACGGAUUCCCAAGGGCGCGAACUGCCAGCAUCGGCGCCAGGUCGGAGGAGAGUGGAGCCAGUGCAAGAGGGACGUGGGCGAGCUCCAGCCCAAGUCUUAAUGGUUCCUGCUCAACUACACCAACACUAAGGCCAAAGCCCACCAGGGCCCCAACUCCAGCUAAAAUAACCCUUAGUCUUGCACGUUACACACCUAAUCCUGCCCCCUCCCCUGCACCGAGUCUGUCCUCUAGCUCUGGUCAUGGCUCUGAGUGUGGCCUGGUGGGGGCAGCAGUGGGAGGCAUGACUAUCUGCUCCUACCCUCGGGUCUCUCAGAGAGUUUCUGUUUCAGGUUCACCCAGUGACUACGGCUCUUCUGAUGAAUAUGGCUCCAGUCCUGGGGAGCACUCUCUGCUCGUUCCCAGCCUAUCUGGCCAUCAUGUUCAUGGAGAAGGCUCAUCCAGCUACAUAGUGAUGGGACAGCGAGAGGGUCUCCUUGGUUCCCAUCAUCGCUCCAAAGGUCGCAGGAUUUUGAGACGUGCAUCCAGCAGGGAAUCCGAAGCAGAACGCAGACUAUUAAGCAAGAGGGCUUCCCUCCCUUUGGCAGCUCAUGAGCGACUGAUUCCACAUAGAAAAGAUGAAGAUGACGAAGAUGAUGAAGAAUACGCUAUCAUGUCCCAGAGUGGUAGCCGAGGGAGAGCUGAUUUGCACCACAGCUCAGGAGUCCUCACAAGUGGCGUUGACGUGGGGGAGAUUAGAAAGAGGGCCGACAAAAGUCGGGGAGAAGUUGAUCCAGGAGGUGUGGACAGCGGCUACAUGUCCAUGUUGCCUGGAGUGACAUCUCCUCCUGUUUCACUCUCUCUCUCAAUAGGUAUGUCAGACCCCAGCGCCAAACCCGGGGCAGAUGAUGAGUAUAUGGCCAUGACCCCCAACAACAGCGUCUCCCCGCCUCAGCACAUCCGCCAGCCCAGCUCAGAAGGCUACAUGGUCAUGUCUCCUAACAGCAGCAGCUCCACAGACCUGCACGGACUCGGCAUGUGGGAUGGCAGGGGCAGCAUGGAGAGCCGGGUGGCUAGUGACUACAUGAACAUCUCACCUGUGUGCAGUCGCUCUGCCUGCAGCACACCACCCUCCCACCCUGAGCAGCACCAACUGCAACCAAAAAUGUUCAACUCCUACUUCUCCCUGCCACGAGCAUAUCAGCAUACUCUGUACACUCGCUUUGAAGAUGACUUAAACAAAGGGGAAGGAAAAAAGGACAGCAGCGGGCUUGAUACUGCUGGAAGGGGAGGGGGGGUGGGGUACAGCAAGAGAAACAAAAUUGCAGUUGGCUCUACAGGAGGUUGUCAACUCUCCAUGUCUUCCUCUUCUUUCUCCUCCAGCUCAGCCAGCAGUGAAAGCCUGGAAGACAAGUCCAUGUCUGCAGGGAGGGGACUAAGUUUAUUGAGGACUGGAGCAGAGUUCAAGAGCGCGGGGACAUGCACAAAAGAAGGGCGUCACCAUCAAAAACGUGGAUCAAGCAGUAAGAGCCCAAAGCAACAAAGGAGGGGUCGCCCCUUGAGCAUGUCAUCAGACAUAGCCAAAGCAAACACUCUGCCCAGGGUGAAGGAGAAUCUGCUGCCGUCAGUGUCUCCAAAUGUUGGUGAGUAUGUCAGUAUUGUGUUCAAGGAGGACGAAAAGUACAAUGGAGGGAGACGUGUGGGAUCGAAACACGGACAGCCUGUGAUCCAUGGGACACUCAGGCCCAUCAAUCAACCACUUCUCUGCCAUGAUAAUCCUGCAGCCCUUCCUCGUAGCUUCUCCGCACCCUUGUCGUCCUCUGCAGAGUACGUCAGCAUGGAUUUAGGGAAGCCCUCUGUGCCCCUGACUCCUGUUAGAUCGACAUUCAGCACCCCACAGGGCUCACCAGCUGUUGCCCCAAAGGCCCGACAUGAACAUGGCACGUCUUCUCCUCUGGCAGCAGAGGGCAAUACCAGUUACAGAACAAAAGUAAAGAUGGCAGCCUUGCCAACAGACUCCCCUGCUCCAUUUACGGACAGCAAAGGUUCAGAUCCCAGCAUUUCAGCAAGACCUGCCAUCCACUCGGGUCAAUCCUUAUCCAUGGAGCAGGAGGCAAACUUGGGCUUUUCUCCAGUCAAGUCCUUCCAGUCUCCUGAGCGCAGCAGCAGAUUGGUCCGAGGUGACCAGCAGGGACGGCAGAGCCACCGCUCAGAGACUUUUAACUCACCUCCCUCGCAUCCACGCCACCCACCCUCUUCUACCUCCCUCUUCUCGGAGGGCAGCCAGGCAGCGAAUCAUCGGCACGGUUUGGAUUGCUCACCUUGGGAGAACAGGCAGACAGCUGGUUUAUCUGCCACACCUCCACCACAAGCCUCCACCUCAUCUGCUGAACAAGGCCUUAACUAUAUUGACCUUGACUUGGCCGUUAAGGAGAGCCCUCAAGCUGGAGUGGAGCGCACCUCUGCCGCCUACAACAUUGGAGGAGGCGCGAUGGGCAGCAGUGCUGGCUCGAGCCUCAACACUUAUGCCAGUAUUGAUUUCUAUAAGUCAGAAGAACUGAGAGCACACCAGAGCAGCAGAAAAGAUGGUCAAGAUUGUUGAUCUCUCCACACUCGCUCUGUGAGGGGACGGCCCUGCUCUGUUGCCACAACAGAACUGUUCAC